GCUAGGGAUUGCGGGUGGGCAGGCGGCUACAGUCCAGGGGCGGCACGGAGUCGACCCGAAGCCCAGCUGAGAGAAGGGUGAGGCGUCCCCGGGGACGUGCUGAGAGUAUGAGGCUCUGGCCUCCACUGGCCACUCACCCGUGACCCCUUCCACCACAACGGAGCCUUCCAAGCCUACCUCCUGCCGUGUGGUAAUCUACCUACAGCGGGAGAUGUCGGGAGAUACCUGUCUGUGCCCAGCCUCAGGGACCAAACCCAAACUGAGUGGCUUCAAGGGUGGAGGCCUAGGCAACAAGUAUGUCCAGCUCAAUGUUGGUGGCUCCCUGUACUACACCACCGUGCGGGCACUAACCCGGCAUGACACCAUGCUCAAGGCCAUGUUCAGUGGACGAAUGGAAGUGCUAACCGACAAAGAAGGCUGGAUCCUCAUAGACCGAUGUGGAAAGCACUUUGGCACCAUUUUGAAUUACCUCCGAGAUGACACCAUCACCCUCCCUCAAAACCGGCAAGAGAUCAAGGAACUGAUGGCCGAAGCAAAAUAUUACCUCAUUCAGGGACUGGUGACCAUGUGCCAGAGUGCCCUGCAGGACAAGAAGGACUCGUACCAGCCCAUGUGCAACAUCCCCAUCAUCACAUCCCUAAAGGAGGAGGAGAGGCUCAUCGAAUCCUCCACCAAGCCCGUGGUGAAGCUGCUGUACAACAGAAGCAACAACAAGUAUUCCUAUACCAGCAACUCCGACGACCACCUGCUAAAAAACAUCGAGCUGUUUGACAAGCUGUCCCUGCGCUUCAAUGGCCGUGUGCUUUUCAUCAAGGACGUCAUUGGCGAUGAGAUCUGCUGCUGGUCCUUCUACGGCCAGGGCCGUAAGCUGGCCGAGGUGUGCUGCACCUCCAUUGUGUAUGCCACAGAGAAGAAGCAAACCAAGGUGGAAUUCCCAGAGGCUCGAAUCUAUGAGGAAACACUCAAUGUCCUUCUCUAUGAGACCCCCCGAGUCCCUGACAACUCCUUGUUGGAAGCCACAAGCCGCAGCCGCAGCCAGGCUUCCCCCAGUGAAGAUGAGGAGACCUUUGAACUGCGGGACCGAGUCCGCCGCAUCCACGUCAAGCGCUAUAGCACGUAUGAUGACCGGCAGCUUGGCCACCAGUCUGCCCAUCGGGACUGACAAGAUCUUGAGGGAGUCAGGGUGCAGGAGGGCCUGUCUCCCCUCCUAUGGAAUCCCACCCCAGCAGCCACCCCAUGCUGCCACUGGCUGGGUCUCUGCUCCAGCACCCAAAGGCAUGACAGGCCCUCCCUUGGAGGUCAGCGGGCCUGGGCAAAGGAGAGACCACGUUGCUUUGCCCUGCUUCCCUGAGCACUUCAAGAGGACUGAGUCAUGUC